CAUUUAACGGUUUUAAGGACCCCCACUCCCCCAGAAAAAAAGGCACCUGCAUUGCUUGUUUUCCACCUCCACACUCCACAGCCUGUUUUCUCAUUCCAGGAAACUGGCAAGAAAUUGUUGUUUCAGGGUGUGAGAGGAUGGUAGGAACUCUAUCGAUCGUGGGAUCGUCGAUGGUCGACUCUCAUGCCUGCCCGUGCAUCUGUUUAGAUGCUCUUUCUUCAUCUAACAUGAGUUUCAAGAGUUCCGGGGAUCUGGGGUUGUACAGAAGUUUAACCGGCAGGAAGCAAUUACGGCGGCCGGGGACAUUGGAAUUGAGAGCCAGUUCUUUUGUUGAUGCUUGGGAUGAGUGGCGUUUUUCAGCCAAAGCAAUCUCGGGUUUUGUUAAUCAGCGUUCCAGGAAACAGAGAAAAGCUCGGCGUCUCGUGAUCGUCAACGAAUUGGGUGGACAGUACGAGGAUAGCUUCGAAGAUGUUAAGGCGCAAAUACUCAACUAUUUCACAUACAAAGCUGUAAGGACUGUUCUUAACCAGCUUUAUGAGAUGAACCCACCAAAGUACAGGUGGUUCUAUAAUUUUGUAGCGACAAAUAAACCCACAGAUGGAAAGCGCUUCAUUCGUACCCUUGCAAAGGAAAAACAUGAUCUAGCUGAAAGAGUGAUGGUUACCCGCCUUCACCUGUAUGGAAAGUGGAUCAAGAAAUGUGAUCAUGCUGCAAUGUAUCAAGAAAUCUCCAAUCAAAACUUGGAGUUGAUGAGGGAACGACUCAUAGAGACUGUUAUAUGGCCGUCUGAUGACACAAACACACCAGAGAAGAUUGGGUGAUGGGUAGCACUGUUAAUUGCAUUGAUGUGCUCUUCUUCCUUUGUCACUUUCAGUAUACUAGAGUAUCCUUUGGUUUUUCUCAACAAAUUAGGUUCAAAAGGUGUAUGYUAUUUUCCACAAUCUAAUAAAGGAUGUUGAACAUUGUAUUUGUAUAUGUAUAUGAAGGAAAAAAAAAUAGCAGCUUCAUCCUGGAUGGACAUAAAGCAGUAACUUGACUGAUGGAUGAUUAUUGUUUCUCGCUUUCUGUUUUCAUUGGAGGUUGAUAGAAA